AUCGCGUACGGUAAUAGAAGUUUGUACGUUGCUCCGCAGUUGGUUCGGCUCUGCUGAACUGUAAAUUAGAAAUGUCACGUCGUCUGUGAACUAUAACGGUGCCGAUAGCCGUAGCAUCUUGAUGAAAUAUUUGUCAAUUAUUUUAUGAGUACCGCAUAACUAGGACGCUUAUUAUAAUGCCAGUAUGUCGAACUACAGUGGGAACACGCAUACUCGAAGGCAACCGGUGAUAGACUAUGAUCAACAAUUUCAAGAAGAUCUUGAAAGGGCACAAGCCCUAAGCCUGGAAAGUCUGGCCUUGGAAAAAUUCAAACUACAAAAAGAACAGCUCGAGUAUACUGGCCAUGUUCGACGACCGUAUACUUCGCCACACAGCAACGACAACAGUAGCAACGACGAUAGCAACACAGUCGAGGUUGACGGAGCGCCGAUCAGCGAUCGGCUUCAUUUACGGAGUCGACCUAGACCAGGAUCGUUCAAUACUGGCCAACCAAGAACUACGGCGAUAAUCGCACCUCCACCCCCCGUUCCGUAUAGAAGAAAUUCAUCAACACCGGGCACUUCAAAUAGGGGAGCUGCUCCCGAUUUAAUUAAUUUUACAAGCCCUGUUAAACAAGAUGGCCUAACUUCGUACUGUACACCACCACCCCCGCCGCCAAAAGCGCCUGUCGAGCCAAAAUGGGAAAACCAUCCCUCUUUAUUGAGAAGAGCUCCAAAAGUCUCGCGCAGCAGUAGCUCUGCGAGUACUUUUAAUCCUAGGGAUUUGAGAUAUCACUCACCGUCACCAGGACCAAGCACAUCGACUGUUCCGUGCACACCUAGUACACCUAGCACUCCGGGCAUCAGCCCUGUAAUGUCCAGGGCAAGCAGUGUUAGUAGUAAUACACAUGAUAGCAUUCCACAGAUUCCACCUCUACCAGCAAACUAUCGGACUUGCACAAGUCCGUCGGUGUUUGGAGUAUCUUCCCCCAAUUACAGUGUAGAUAACAGGCAGCUAGAUGUUCUGAAAGUAAUAGAGAAAAAACUCAACAGUAAUCUGAUAGAUCUGACCGUAUUUGAACAAAACGAAGACAAAACUAAUGUAAGAGUCAGCGUUCUUGAAGCAUUUGACCCCUUGCUUAUAAAGACUGAAGUGAACGAUGAGGCCACAUUGGCAGCUAGGGAUGAUACAGAUUCGCAGCUCAGCGGAUCUGUGUACGACCCAUUUGACCCUUUUGACUAUAUGUACAGCACGAAUGAAAGUGUUAAUUCCGACCCAGUUUACGCUGCUGUUGAAAAAUCGGCAAAGUCACCUGCCGUAUCACCAGCAGCUCCUCCACCUCUGCCACCUAGAAAUUCAUCGGCUUGGAACACUAUUGAAAGGAGACGAACGUCGCUGGAUCGUCGUCAAAAAAGGAACACUCGUCUUUACGAGAAUAUUACCGUAGUUAAAGCAAGAGCAUCCUUGCAUGACUGUGACCUGAAAGCUUUUCACAAGAUGAUUAAAUCUGUGAGAGGCGAAUUUCCGUUCAAUAAUCCAAGUACAAAUGUUGGGCAUGUAGUAAGUCCGAUGAUGGAGAACUUAUAUCCAGAUGGAACAAGCAUAAAAAUAGUUGUAUACCCACAACUCACUACUAGCACUGAAGAUCCUGUUCAGCCUAUCACUUUCACAUGCGAUGUCAAUUGUUGUGUGGAACAUGUCAUACUCAAUGUAGCAUGCACGUUGGAUGACGAAGAUACAGUUAAUGUAGAUAAGUACUGUCUGAGAGUUCUUGGAUUGGCUGAAUAUCUUGUUCCAAAUACAACCUUAGCACAAUAUGAAUAUGUACAUCAAUGUAUCAAAUUGGAAAAAGAUAUUGAAUUGGCGAUCUUGACAAGAAAACAAAUGAAACGAUCACUUGCCAGAACACUUCAAGACGAUAACCGAGAUCAGUGCUUACGAUUAGAGGAAAUUUUACCCAAUGAACCUGUGCAAACGAUAUGCUAUGACACCUUAAUUAUAUUGUUAGAAACUGUCGAGAAAGAAAUGGAGCGUGUGGAGACAACAGCAUUGCAAAUGGCAACAACAAAUCAUACUUCUAGUCUCUUUCCACAAUUUAAACCACGCGGUGUUGUACAGGCCAUAAAGGCAGUCUGUGCGCUAAUGGGAAAUGUCGAAACUGUUGAAAUAACAGAAGCUAUCGACAAUUUUGUGCAUGCCUUCUGUCAGUUCUUGCCCUCAGCCCAAACGGCUAAUAAUGAGUGCAAAAAACCGGAUGCAUUGCACGAAGAAGGCGAUUACUCUCCUGUAGCUAUAAAAACAAAAUUUCCAGAAGUGAUAGCGACAAAUUGUCAUAAAAUACGAGAUGCUAUCCAAGACCUAGUUGAAACUUAUUGCCAUGCAUUCAGAGUUGAUUUUCAAUUGAAUACUAGAGGAGAAUAUCCAACCAAUACUUUAGUUUCAUCAGAAGUUAUAGAUACAGUUCUCGUCAGAGUAGGAGCUCUUCAUAGAUUACCAGCCACUUGGAAACACGACGACUACAUCAUAGCUGCCCAAAUAUUUCAUGGGACUCGACCCGUAGGUCAUCCAGUUGUUUCCGAACCCAUGACACUCGGUUCAAGUUUUUAUCAGCGAGUUUUAUUCAAUGCGUGGCUGGAAUUCCAAGGGAUAAGCGUAUGUCAAGUACCAAGAGAAGCGCGGCUGGUUCUCGUACUCUAUGGUCGAACCAUGCAGCCCACAGAGCACGAGUCUAAUUCUUCAGCCGAAGGUUCGAUGCACAAAGAAGAACUUGGGUGGGGUGCACUUCAGUUUUUUGAUUACGAUGGAGUCAUGUCCCAAGGCAGUUAUUUCCUUACGUUGUGGCCACCCAAUGCGGAUAAGAGAUUAGGGCCGGCUCCUGCCCCUGGAAUUCAUCCGUAUGGAAAUGUGCAACCACUAAUUGGAUUGGAACUGCCCGAUUAUGGUGGAAGAGUCUUGUUCCCCACUGAACUUAGAGAUUACGAUAUUAAAUCUCUAGACUUCAAUUCGUUAGAUCACAACACGCAAGAAAUUCUCGUAGACAUAACUCAACAGGAUACGUUUUUCAGACCGCCUCUGGAAGAGAGAGAAAUUUUAUGGGAGAAGAGACAUUAUUUGCAUGACAGACCUGAAGCAUUACCUAAAGUGUUGCUAGCAGCACACAGCUGGGAUUGGGCUUGCCUGCCAGAUUUACACGCAUCGUUGCGUAUCUGGAAUCCACUGCCACCUGUGCAGGCAUUACAGCUGCUCCUACCAUGUUUUCCUGACAUGAAGGUUCGAGAAAUGGCUGUAAGCUGGAUCAGAGAUCUUACUAGCGAUGAGCUGAUAGAUUAUUUACCUCAGUUAUUACAAGCUCUGAAACACGAGACCUAUGAAGCAUCUCCUCUCGCUCGUUUUUUACUCGAGCGCUCGCUUCUAUCUCCUAGAGUCGCACACCACAUUUACUGGCUGUUGAAUCAAUCACUGCCGGGACAGAGUCCCCAGGUACAGAAUUCUUCUGAUGCACAAACAGGAGAUGACGGCAACAGUAUCAGUGCCUCUAGGUACCAUAGAAGACUGCAAUUGAUGCUGCGUGCCUUACUUGCCGUGGUUGGGGAUGCAUUAAGAAAUAGUUUUCUUACACAACAGUGUCUAGUCAAGAACCUUCACGAGGUAGCAGAAAAUAUAAAAACAACGAAAGAUUCGUUGAGAAUGGAAGCGCUUAAAAAUGGUUUACAAAAUAUAAACAGUCAACUAAUGGAAAAUGAUGGCACAUGUCUACCUCUAUCUCCAAGCAGAGAAGUAUUCGGCAUCAACGUCCAAACUUGUUCCUAUUUCCCAUCAUUUACCUUGCCCCUUAAGAUCAGCUUUAUUAGUACAGAUAACGCCAUCAUUCCUGCCAUCUUCAAGGUUGGCGAUGAUUUGCAACAAGAUAUGUUGACCCUUCAAAUGGUUCGUAUCAUGGAUAAACUUUGGCUGAAAGGAGGUCUUGACUUGAAAAUGGUGACUUUCGCUUGCGUUCCUACUGGCUACAAGCGUGGCAUGAUUGAAAUGGUUACUAACGCAGAAACUCUGCGAAAAAUUCAAGUCGAGUUUGGUUUGACUGGCUCGUUUAAAGACCGACCUAUUGCAGAAUGGUUAGCGAAACACAACCCGUCUGAAUUAGAAUAUGAAAGAGCAGUGACCAAUUUCACUGCUUCUUGUGCUGGAUAUAGUGUAGCAACUUACAUUCUCGGUAUUUGUGAUAGACACAACGAUAAUAUAAUGCUCAAGACAUCGGGGCAUCUUUUUCACAUUGAUUUCGGCAAGUUUUUGGGAGAUGCCCAGAUGUUUGGAAAUUUUAAGAGAGAUCGGACACCGUUUGUGUUAACAUCUGACAUGGCAUACGUUAUAAAUGGUGGCGACAAACCUUCAGCCAAAUUCCAUCAUUUCGUAGAUUUAUGUUGCCAGGCAUUUAAUAUUGUACGAAAACAUAGUAACUUGAUUCUCCAUCUAUUCGGACUGAUGGCCUCUUCUGGAAUUCCUGGAGUUACAAUGGAUGCUGUGAACUAUGUCCAGAAAGCCUUACUCCCUGGUCAAACAAACCCAGAAGCUGCUGCAACUUUUGCUCGCAUGAUUGAAAGCUCGCUCAAAAAUUGGUUUACGCAAUUCAAUUUUUUCCUUCAUAAUCUUGCACAGCUUAGAUUUUCUGGAGAGCAAAACGAUGGCGAGCUACUAUCGUUUAUUCCACGUACAUAUACCAUGCAGCAAGAAGGCCAACUGACAAGCGUUCAAGUUUACGGAUACCAAAAACGUUAUGAUCCAGAAAAGUACUAUAUGUAUAUAUUAAGAAUAGAAAGAAAAAAUCACGCUGAUCCUACAUAUCUGUUUCGAUCUUACAAGGAGUUCUGUGAAUUUUAUCAGAAGCUGUGCAUUCACUUCCCUCUUGCUAAAGUUGCCAGCCUUCCAAAUGGGAUGAGUGUUGGCCGUUCGAAUAUCAAACAGGUGGCGGAUAAGCGUCGAGCAGAUAUUGAGAAGUUUCUUCAGAGCUUGUUCAAAAUGGCCCCUGAAAUAUCACAAAGUGAUUUGGUCUACACAUUUUUUCAUCCACUUCUUCGAGAUCAACAAAAUGCUGAUAUCCAUCUACGUAAAGUCAGAGUUGGAAACUGGUGGACAGAAAGAAGAAUUCGCGAAAAUGGCCAAAUGGGUCAAAUAAAAUUAUCUUUACACUAUACCCGAGGUGCUCUAUGCGUUAUGAUUCAUCAUGCUCGUGGUCUACCUAAGGUAGCGAAUGCUCAAGAGCCUAAUACAUACGUCAAGGUUUAUCUCAAGCCAGACCCAACAAAAACAACAAAACGUAAAACGAAGGUGGUAAAAAAAAAUUGUCACCCAUCUUUCAUGGAAAUGUUAGAGUAUCGAAUGCCAAUUGAAGUGAUUAAAGAUCGAACAUUGGAGGCCACUAUUUGGAAUCACGAUACCCUUCAAGAAAAUGAAUUCCUUGGUGGUAUUCGCUUACCACUACAACGACUAAAUCUUACUAACGAGACCAUCGAAUGGUUUUCAUUAGGCAGUGUACGAUAGUUAUUUACAGCGUAGAAACAACAUGAACUUGUUUAAGAAAAAAUAUGAAUUCAUCGAAGUUUUCAUAAAAAUUGCAAGGUAAAACGAUGGAAGAAAAAUGAUUGUCUACAUAACAUUGUAGCUGCCACAGUGAAUAAUUAUUAUCUUAAAAGAUGGUGAAUCGUAGCUUAAUGAUAUCUACUAUACAUGUGAAUUCGUUAUACAAAUCACAACUUUUAAUCAAAACUAUUGACCAAUUUAUUGUAGCUGCAGUAUUAAUACUGAGUUAAAUCACGAGUAUUGAUGAAUUCAAUCGUAUAAUAAGUGUCGGUGAAAAUAACAAUUUUUCAUGCUCGUCUCGUUAUAUUCGCAUUUGAUGCAAUUUGGUGUAUCUAUUUACUAUUAGUUUUCUUUAUUUCCAUUCUAAUUUUAAUUAUUCGCCAGAAUCAAGUCAGAGAUUGAUACCCAAAAAAGCUAAGUAAUUUGUGAAUAUAAGUAUACUGCACAAAUUAAAGAACUAUUAUAAUAUUUUCUACUGCAGGGAACUUAUUUUACGACUUAUUUAUUUUCAAUUUUUAAACAAUACGAAAAAUCAUUAUUGUUAAUAAUUGUACAUAGAAAAAUUUACCGCACACUGCCGAUUCAAAAUACAUAAAGGAAAUUUUUUAUCGAUUAUCCGUUUUAUAUGUAAUCUUGAGCAUGUAUGCACACUGAAAGUAAAAUUAUUUUCGUUGGUAUGAACAAUUAUACUAUAAAUGUGUAACGUUAAUUGAUAGAAAUAUAUACAUAAAACACUCGAGGAAAAAUAAGUUCAACUUUUGUACGGAUUAGGAAAGUCGUGUGAAUUUCUGAGAAUUUCUAGUAGAUACAUGGGUUUCUUGGUGACAUGCAUAGGUGUAUGCAUUUACGUGCACUGUAAUCUUCAUUUUUAGCAACGAUCCCCUGAAAUUCUACUAAUUUUGACUAGAAAAGCCAAAUGAUUGUGAUGACAUCGUGAAGAAUGAUAGAUAGUAAAUAUAUCUUUAAAAAAGAAAAAAAGAUGUGUGAACGAGAAUUAUUACUAUUUUAUAUAAAUAUUUUCGUGUGCAUGUAUACAAUUUGGAGUAUUCCAGUUCAGUACCUAACUAGGUAACUGUCAUAUUCGCAAAACGAUUGUUUGUAUUAGAUAUGUAAGAAUGUUAUUUUGAAUUGUUCUUGUGCUUCUACACGUAUCUCAUUGUAAAUUCUAAGUAUAAGCGUGCUCAUUAAUAUGUAACCGGUAUUUUUACCGACCGCGUAAACGUUUAUACAACCUAAUCUAGUUUUAAUUACUUUUUCAUGAAAUCUUGUCAUUGUAUGCUUGAAUAUAAUGAACCUUAAGCUAAUCGUAAUCCGACAGAAGGGUGUCAUAUUUAUAGCGAUCUGAUAAUUCUUAGGUAUUGUAUGUGGCCUUCUGCAACAAAUCAUGCAUAAACUAAUAUAAUAAUUAGGAAUAUAAAUGAAAUGAAUCCCAUGGUCAAACAUACGUCAAUUGAAAAAAACAUGUUAUUGGAAUAUAUUAUUUAAUAUCACAAAAUUAUUUACCGUCACUUAGGCUAUAGGUUACCAAAACUCUAAAUUUAAUAAAAAUUUCCCGUAUUAAUUUGAAGAACAUUUGUUUUGCAGUAGGUUAUCAUAUUAGCACGAAAAUUAACAUAACACAGUCAAUUGAAAUAUCUUUUUAUACAUAGAAGUUUUGAAUAUAUUAUGGGAAGAGGAUACAUACAACAGGAAAAGAAUUAAGCAAAACAAGUGGUCAUUUUAAUUAUUCAAGAAGAUUUAUUACUGUAACAACCAGGUCAGGUUUUUUUUUUUUUUUUUAUUUAUACAGUUUCAGUGGGACGCGGACCAGUGACUGGACGAUGAUUCUUGAACAAGUAAUCUGCAUACUCUUGAUACGGAGCCUUUGUGAGGACCAUUUCCUU